GGCCAUUUUCUUAUGCAUAUUUAAAAUGUUGACUUGUGGUCUAUCUAAUAGGAAAACAAUGCGCAGGGCCUGAAUUCCUCCCUUAAAAGGAUUCAAUAGAAUUUAAACUUUAAUUUCUCAAUGUAUGAAUACCUUCCUUAGGCGUUAAUCCAACUUCACCCAAGUUCAAUCAGUCGCUUAACGAAGGCAAGCCAGAAUGGCCUAAGCACCACAUCCAACCUCCAAGUUGUUCCCUGGCGUUGCUUUAUUAGUUUGUUCUCUUCUAUUAUUUCCUGUGUUCUGCUCCAAGUUGGGCUGUAGCUUUGAGCUGAGAGCCGUGGGCUGGUGGCUGAGCUCAGCAUCUCCAUUCCGUGUCCCCGCAGUGCCGCCGGUGAUCCGCGUCUACCCUGAGACGCAGGCGCAGGAGCCCGGCGUGUCGGCCAGCCUCAAGUGCCAUGCUGAAGGCAUCCCUAAUCCCCGAAUUACCUGGCUGAAGAACGGCAUGGAUAUCGUGCCAAAACUAUCCAAACAGCUCACGCUCCUAGCAAACGGGAGUGAGCUCCACAUCAGCAGUGUUCGCUAUGAAGACACUGGUGCCUAUACCUGCAUUGCUAAGAAUGAAGUGGGAGUGGAUGAGGACAUAUCUUCACUUUUCAUAGAAGAUUCUGCACGAAAGACCCGCCUGAGCGUGGGGAAUAUGUUCUAUGUCUUUUCUGAUGAUGGGAUCACAGUCCUUCAGCCAAACGAAUGUGAAAUCCGGAGGCACAUCAGGCCCGAGGAGAGGAUCUUCUCCAGUUAUGAGGAGAUCUGUCCCAGAGUGGAAGGGGAAGGCACUCAGUCCUGCCUCUGGGCCUCCGCAGUCAAUGUCCGAGACAAAUACAUCUAUGUGACACAGCCUAAGCAGAACAGAGUAAUGGUCAUCGACAUCCAGACACAGAAAGCUGUGCAGUCUGUGGACGUGGACCCUUUGCCAACCAAACUGCAUUAUGACAAAUCCCACGACCAGGUGUGGGUGUUGAGCUGGGGUGAUAUGCGGCGAUCGUCACCAACACUACAGGUGAUAGCGGAGGCGAGCGCAGGGGAGGAGCAGCAUGUGAUCCGCACGCCGUUCAAAGGAGUGGAUGACUUCUUUAUACCACCUACAAAUCUUAUUAUUAAUCACGUUAGGUAAGAAAUGAUCUUAAUGAAUAGCAACGGUGGCCACACUGCUCACUGCUCGUGGGACCUGUCACCCAUCCGUACAGCACUUCACAGAUGUUAAUGAAUGGACGUGUGAUUGAGCUAAAUACUCUUGUUAUCAUUGUCACACACACAAAAAAAAAGGAGAAAUGAUUGAGCAUGUUGGUUAGUUGUUAUUCAGCAAACCAGUGAGACAGCAAGGGACAAAUCUUGGCUUCCCUUGGCCCUGGCAUGGGGGCUCAAACCUUGGCUUGGCCAGCCGGGCUUCUGUGCAGCAUUGCCCUGGUGUGUCGGUACCAGGAACACAGUGGUUGGAAGGUUGGCUUCUCUGCCUGGAAGCUGCUUUUUGGAUCAAAGAUUUAUCGCCCUUAGUGGUAAAGGUUUGUUCUGCUUGAGGCAUAAAGCAGAGCUCUUCCACGUUUACAAGUGCUUGUUCAAAUCUUGGCUCUGGCUGGGAGGAGCAGGGUUUGAGCAGGGAAAAAUGAUAUGCAGUGCACAUUAGAAAGAUCAGUUCUCUGAACUAUCAGUUUUGAAUGUUAAUGUGAUGUAGUGGUUAAUGAGAUUUUAUAACUAACAUACUAAUAACUUAGAGUAAUACUGACUGCUUCCCAGCAGGAACAGGAAGCUUCCCAUUGAAGUAAUCAAAAUGGAUGAUAACUUCACAGCAAUUUAUACUCUUCUUACCACAUUACCACAACUGCUUAAUCAUCUCCUGUCACCAAUACAGUUUAACUAAGUUAAACUCUCCAGAAAUCAUAAUCAACUCCUUACAUUAAGCUUAGAUUCCCUGCAAUGAUCACUGAGGACGGAGGGUGACGCUUAAAUGAUUUGGGGUUGAAUGUGAUACAAAAUAAAUAACUUUGCUUGCUGAAACAUAAAAUAAGACAUACUUCAUGGCUGUCACUCUUCAUUUUCCCCUACCUCCUCUUUCCAGUUUGCUUUUAAACCAUUGUUAUAAGUGAGAGUUGAGUGGCUGCUAAACGUUAUGGAUUGGGAUGAGGAGGUGCAUCCAGGUUCAAACACAGGAAGGUGGAAUAAUUGAAUUUUUUUUCACUCCUUUUAUGUGCUGGGUUUUUUUUUUUGUUUUUGUUUUGUUUGCUUUUUUUUUUUUCCUUCAGUACAAUUCAUCAGCUGCAAACAGAUGAUCUUUCAUGAGAAAUAUUAAAUGUAGGCAAUUGCAGAUAGGUUUCCCUGUGCAAAGCAGACAACGCUGUGCCUAAUUUCCUAUUUCAUUUGUUCAGGGCCAGAUCUUUCUCAGUUCCCUCUCACCUUCAGCACAAAAAAUAAUUGCUCACAGUCUAAUGAGACUUACUGGGAUCAUGUGCUAAAUUCUCCACUCAGAAACAAUAAAUGGUGAUACCAGCAUUUCUCGGGAAGGUGAAUAUUUAAGCAAUCUCUUCUGAGAGCCCAAAAAUAUUUGUAUGCAAAUGUUCCUGCAUAUGUCUUUUGGCUGCCUGUUAUUUUGGAUGGAUAUCUGGAACUGUAUCCAUGUGUAUGAGUUCCCAGGGUAAGUUGCUGUCUAUUAAAAUCUCUUUAAGCGCAAGGUUCUCAUUGAGAUUUUGCAUCACAGAUCUCACACGAGCACUGAGCUUCUUCUGCAGCUCUAUGCACAUGAGAUACAUCCUGACCCACUUUUUUAAAUUAAAGUUUGUGAUAAGAACUUUUUUUUUAAAACUUCUUGAGGCAUUUGGCCAAGAAUUGAAGUCUCAAGGAAAAAAAACACUGUAAGGAGAAGCAUCUUUUAAAGUGUACUUAAAAUGCAUUCAUCCAAGGGAAGCAUAAGUGCCAUAUUCAAUUUCCCCACACAGACUGCACUGUGAAUCUCUACUGCAGGUAUUUUGUGAAGUCUCUAAUGGAUGUGAGUAUAAUGGAAAAAUGAGAGGCUUAGCCCAGUGAUUUUCAUGGGAUCAUACACUGCAUUGGCUUAGUCCUUAGAUGUGAAAUCAUUGCUGAGCAUCUCAUUGACAGAUGGAUUAAGGAGAAAAAAUUAAAUGCAGUGUUUUAAGCAAAAUAUCUAUUAUCUGCAGCAGGCACAGUCCUCUAUGUUCCAAAGAGCAGUUUUACAUCUUUCAGGGAAAAGAUGCAAAAUUAAGUGCUCGCUUCAUUUCCUUCCCUCUGCACUGAAUGGACAAGAAGAGAUUCAAUGUAAAAUUAAUUUU